GAAGUCAGAGCUACUUGACACAAUAGGUGUUGGGCCCUGUGUGUCACAAGGCAGAAUUAACGGGUCAGAGUUAAAUCGCUGCACCCACUGUGAUGGCAUUCUCUACUCUAAUGAAUGACUCAUCUCACCACCAUUCACGAUACGAAAACUUGUUUGUCGCCCAUGGACUAGACUGACUGGCAGACUUAAAAAUACAUUUUCAAAACAAUCUUUUUACAUGUGAUGUCUAAGCCUGGUUUUUAGUACCGGUAAGGAUUUAAAACAAAAUCUUUUUGGUUUCAUAGGAAAGCUCAAUCAACUGGUACAUUACUCAAGAUUAGAAAAAGAUUAUGGCGCUGGGCGGUACUAGUAUGCUUUUCAUCAUCGGAUUUGUCUUGGCGUCCGCUGGUCUUAUCUUGCACAUCAUAGGGACUGCAACCAACGAGUGGGCGGUGAGCUUAACAGGGAGUUUUGGUCUUUGGAAGGUCUGUGUUGGAGACAUCUGCGUCAAAUAUGACCAGAGACAAAUACCUGCAAAGUAUGAGGCGUGCCAAGCAUUUGCCCUAAUUGGAGUCAUAGCUGCAGGUCUUGGUGUCUUGUUGGGCCUUUUGCAGAUUAUUUUCGCUGUGCUUGGGAAAAAUGCUCAUCGUCUAUUUCCAUUCUUAAAUUGGUCAGCUUGUUUAACUGCCGGAGUGGCCAUCUUUAUCUGCAUUGUAGUCUGGGGUGCAACAAUCCAGGAUGACGUCAAGAAUGUGUAUGAUGUUGGAUACUCUUACAUUCUGUGUAUUGUCGCUGACGCUCUCAUUCCGGCCGGAGGAUUUCUGAUGCAUGCGGGCAAGAAAAGCUAAACUCGACUUCAGGACAAAAUAAAAAGUUUAACUAGACACCAGGACUAAAGUAAUUUAAUCUUAAAGUAUAGAGACCACAGGAAACAAAAAACUACAAUAAGACAGAAGAUUAAGAAAAGAAAUUUAAACAGCACAAAUAAAAUAGUUAAAUAUAGAUACUAGAAUAAAUACAAUUAAAUAUAGAGAUAAGAUCAAAUAAAAGUUUCACUAAAGAUACCAUAACAAAUUUUGAAAAAUGUAUAAAGUUCCAUCAUGGUUCAAUCCUGAUCUGGAUAGGAAGAUUUUAACAAGUUUAAGGAAAGACUCUCGAGAGUAUGAAAGAUCUAUUGACAGUAUAUAUAUAUAUAUAGAUAUGUGAAUCGAUCAACCGCAGAUAAGAAUUUGUUUCCGGUUUCCAGUCUAGAUAUAUAAGUAUAUGGUGCCUUCUAUUCUCCCUAUUACAUGUAGAUGUCUAUAAUAGAAACAUGUUUUUUCUUUGUAUCUGUACAUACAUUUUCUUGUAAAAAUUUAUUUUAAAAAUGCAUUUCUAUGUUUAGUGUCAUAUUUGUGUUAGGGCCAAACAUGUGUACCUAAUGAAAUACUCAGAAAGACACAAAGAUAGAGGCACAUUUCUUAUUCCAUACGCUAGUACAAAGCCAUAUAAGUGCUCCUUCUUCCCUAGUGCCGUUAGAGAAUAGAAUGGUUUGCCUGAAUAAGCUAGGAAAGCCAACGACCUAGCAGAGUUUAAGUCAUUGAUUAAUAUGUAUGAUUAGAUUGAUACAUGAAAUGCGUAGGACGUAAUUAUCUUCUUUUUUUUUUCUAUAAGAUAAGAAGGUCUAUAUGACUAUAUGAUAACGCAUUGACUCGUUAGAAUUCUAUAUCAUUAAUGAGGUGGGUGAGGUAAAAAAAAAUACUAUUGAAAAGUUUUACCUGUUGCAUUAUGGAAAAUUUUCAAACACGGCGGAAAAAUUAUGAUAUAUUAUUAUUAUUAAUGCACAUAUAUGAAUGUGUGCAUGUGAUGUAUCUGACCAAGUUAAAACGGGCACUCUCUUCCAGACCUGUAUGUUGACGCUCGUGCUCUGAGGUUUGCACAUCUGUGUGGUGUUCUAAUUCUCAAUCACUAACAUUUUUUUUUACAUUGUACUUUGCACUAUCGUAUAAUAUUUUUUUUAAUUUCUCGCAAGUAUACCAUUUAUGUUAAUGUAAGUUUUUAAAAAUGUGUUUUUAUUAUAAAUAUAGCAAUAUACUAAUAGAUACUAAAAUGGAA